UGUGCAGGGAACAAGUGAAGCCAUUCUGACUGACGUGAACAAGAUGGCCAGGGUUUGUUUACUGGUCCUCGCCGCGGGUUUACUGUUGGAGACGUCGGGGCUCAGGGCUGGAGAUGCGGAGGGAAACCCAGCUUCGGUGUUUAGGUCACAGAAGUCGGCGGCCAGUGUGCUGCGCCGCCAUCGGAGGGCCAACACCGGCCUCUGGGAGGAGAUCGGAGCAAACAAAGACAACCUGGAGAGGGAGUGUAGAGAGGAGAUUUGUGACAUGGAGGAGGCCAGGGAAGUGUUUGAGGACGAUGAAAAGACGAUGGAGUUCUGGGCCACCUACGCAGAUGGGAACCAGUGUGAGUCUUCCCCCUGUCAGAACGGAGGUGUAUGCAAAGACGGAAUCAAUGCCUACGUUUGCUGGUGCCUACCGGACUUCAACGGCAGAAACUGUGAAAUAGAGGUAGCCAAGCAGUGUUUGGUCAACAACGGCGGAUGUGCCCAUUUCUGUGUGAUGCGGUCGCAGCAGCCUGUGUGCCAGUGUGCAUCUGGCUACAAGCUAGGCCCCGACAAGAGGAGCUGUGAGCCCACAGGACAAUUCCCCUGUGGUCGUGUGGUUGUAGCCGUCGUCCCAAACCUGAGAACUUUCCUCAGUGAAUUUAGCUCCAGCUCCAACAGCACCCGGCAGGUCGGGAACUAUGACUUCAACUCCACAGAAUACGAAGACUAUUACCUCUCUGAGUCAGAUUACACCACCACGAUCCUCAAGCCGGAGCCGAAGCAAGAGCCGGAGCCUUCUGCCUCUACCACGAUCUCCAACGCAGCCCCGUUGGACGCGGGGAUUAACGGCAGCAGCACGAAUCUGAGCAAUACCACGGAGGUGGCCGCAAGUGACCCCAUGGGGAAAAAUCAGAGGUCUCACUGGUCUUUCUUCCCAACCAUAGCCCCAGUCACAGCAGAAAAAAACAACAACAAGAGGAUUGUGGGAGGCUUUGCAGCUGCUCCGGGAGAGAUACCCUGGCAGGUAAGCCUGAUGACCACACAGAACACAAAGCAUUUCUGUGGAGGCUCCCUGAUCAGCGAGGUGUGGGUCAUCACCGCAGCCCACUGUCUGACCCAGGCAAAACAAGCUGUGGCAGACUUCUUCGUUAGAGCGGGUGAGCAUGACUUUAACCGUAAUGAGAACACUGAGCGAGACUACAUGGUGGCAGAAAAAUUCAUUCACCCCCAAUACAAUGAGAAGACGUCCCAGUAUAACCAUGACAUCGCCCUGCUGAAGCUCAGUAGCCCCGUGGAGCUGUCUAAGUACAUCCUGCCGAUCUGCCUGGGCCCUCGAAGCUUCACCGAGAACCUGCUGAGGGAGUCCAGCUACUCGCUGGUUAGCGGCUGGGGAAGGCUGAGAUACCAGGGCCCGGAUGUCAGCAAGCUGCAGAAGCUGGGUGUGCCCUACAUCGACCGCACCGAGUGUAAAGGCAGCAGCAGUGAACACAUCACACACUUUAUGUUCUGUGCGGGCUACCGUGACGCAUACAAGGACUCCUGUCAGGGAGACAGCGGAGGGCCCCACUCCUCCAACUACAAAGGCACUUGGUUCCUCACUGGCCUUGUUAGCUGGGGGGAGGAGUGCGCUAAGGAGGGGAAAUAUGGCGUCUACACUCGCAUCUCGCGCUACUUUCCGUGGAUCAGCCAGACCACAGGGAUUCAACUUAGUACCGCGCUGUGACGUACCUAGACAUGAGGCGUCUACACACGCUUACAACUUCGCCAUUAUACUAACAAAGCCUAGGCUUUAUGCAAAAUAUACAAACACAUUACAGUGUGAUAAUCAGCUGUCUGUUGAAGUUUAUGGCAAUUUGCUUAAACUGCUUAAGAAGGACUUUUUUGGGGGGGGGGUCACAGUGUACUUCUCACUCGGCCUAGCUUGAAAUCAGUGAGAUGUAUAGGUUGAACUGAACAAUAAAAUAGGACCUGGGAUCUGGAUUCAAAUGAUCUGCAUGUAACAUUGUUUUCAUUGUUUUAUGCAAUUGCUUUUAAAUGAUAUUUAGUUGCUAUUAGUAUUCCUCUCAUUAACCUCUUAACUUUUUGAGAGGCCCUGACUCAAAGCCUACUAGCAACAACCAAAUCUUUAAAAGAAGUCACAUCAGCCAAGUUGAUUCCAAUCAAAUAACUUUGUGCUUAUAUUUGGGAAAAUAAUCAUACACUAUGCAUAUAAUACAUAUACUCUUCCAGGAUAAAUCCAAACACCCAUGAAAGUGCAAAAUCAACAAAAGCAGCAAAACUGCAGUCUUGGAUCUCUUGAAGUUAUUUUCUCUCAAAGAGGUCCGCCUGCUUACAAAAGGCAAACCAAAAACUUCAGUUUCCCAGUGUGACAACAUGGCAAGCGCUGGGUGGAUUACUCCAAAAAUGUGAUUUGGGCUAAUUGCAUAUGAUCACAUAGGAACAAAUUAUCACUGAAUCAAUGGUGGAUUUUUUUUUUCAAAUUAAAUAACAUUGUAAUUGUAGUUGUUAAUGAUUGUAGAUUAGAAAUUCGAUGUCACUUAUCAGUGACACAUAUUUCUCUCCAGAAACUCCCAUUGUAGAUGAUUGGCUUUGUUCUCUGUGCCACUUCUUUAAAGCUAUUCUGAAGGAGCUCAGUUGUUGCCCUGAAGGCAAGGUAGGAAAGGGAUCAAAGGUGGCAUUUGCCUCCUAAGGGGAUUUUGGAUGUUUUGCUCUUUAACAUGUAAAAGGUCUAUUGUGUAGACAGUGCCAAUAAUGCGAUGUCCUCUUUCUAUGACUACAAAUGAAUUAAAGCUAAUUAAAGUACCCCUCCACUCAAAAA